AUGCCUUCAGUGUGUAGUGAAUAAAAGUGUAUAAAAUUAAGCUAAUUCAUAACAUUGAAUUACUAAGCUAAGCUUGGUCUGUAUAAAAUUGAGUUUUCUUUUUUAGGUAACGGUGCACUGUCUCAUUAAAGAUUUGAAAAAAUACACUCUAUAUAUUAUUCAAUGUUCAUAAAUUUGAAUUCUUUAAAAAAGAUGAAAUUUAAAAUUGUUUACCCAAUUAAUUACCUAAAAUAAUAAAAUUCAUAAUCUGAACUAAUUAACUUACUCAAAAGGCAUGGGUUAAUUCAAGCAAAUUAUGGAUUAUGUAUGUAAUAGUAUUAAUUAAGUAUAAAUUUAAUCAUAUAUUUAUGCUUUAAGCAAUGA